GAAACUGGGUACGUAUAAAAAAUGUUCCGUCGAGCCCUUUAUAUCCCUCGGCAAUCUGCGUCUCUGACCGGGUAUCACAGGCUCAUACCAGCCAUUAUCUUCUUCACACCGCCACAACCAAGGCGACAAUUCCACAGUUCAUCUGCACAAUUCAACAAGCCCAUCAAAGGAACGAUUUACAAAAUGCGUGACGAAGUAAAGGACGCUGUUUCGAGCUCGAACUCCCACCUGGACUCGUCCAUUGCCGAAGACCCAUCGGAACGUCACAUUGAUGAGUCGUGGAAGCUUCGUGCACCGUAUCAGAUCCAGAAAGAUGAAGAGUUUGGUCCUGUGAAAUGGGAGGCUAUGUGUCAUUGCGGAAACGUGCAAUAUCAGAUCAAGAGGGAGCGUCCAUUGGCUGCCAAGUAUUGUCAUUGUCGAGCUUGUCAGGUCCUCCACGCUGCACCAUUCCAGUGGUGCGCCAUCUUCUUCAAGACCGAUAUCCGGUUCAAAAAGGGUACAGACUCUCUAAUGUUCUGGUCAUCCCACGAAAAGAGCAAGAAAUAUCAAGUCCCUACAAAAGUGUACUGCUCAAAUUGUAACUCACCCAUCAUGGAUGAAGGACGGAAUAUGUGUUUGAUAUUUCCGGAAUUGAUUGAUCUGGGAAAGACGGAGGAGGAGCACUUGGUUCGACGGAAGGUGUUUGAAAUUGACCACCAUAUCUUCUACAGCAGACGACUAGUCGAAGUCCACGAUGGAAAACCGAAAUGGUCCGAGUUGGAUGAUAAAAGUAAUAGACUGGAUGAUGACGGAAAUAAAAUCUGAUUGUCCUACCCAUGCAAGCAGGGGAAGGCAUGUACAAUUAGAAGGCUAUCGGUAGAGCUUUCUCUCUCUCUCUCUCUCUUUUUUUUAUUCAUGUAGAU